AUGGUUUCUAGUGGGGAACUCUGCCAUUUCCCUUUUCGCUACCAUGGUGAAAUGCACUAUUCCUGCCUUCCAGGCAGCUUUGCUGAUCCUGAGCCCUGGUGUGCCAUCACAGAGAACUAUGACCGAGACCGACAACGGAGGUACUGUGAGAAACGUGAGAGGCCAAGAGGACACUGUGACCCUAACCCAUGCCAGAAUGGUGCAGUCUGUGAAGCUCGGCGAACUAGGUUUCAUUGCGUUUGUAAUCCUGGUUUCUAUGGGAAACACUGUGAGAAAGAAAGCUGCUUUGAAUCUCCGGGGCGCCUGCACAUUGGUGAAAAGGACACCUGGCUGCGGCAUCAGCCUGCUGGACUGGAGGAGUGCCGUUGUGCUGGAAGGAAGAAGAUUGUUUGCAAGCCUGUGCAUGGAAAGGAAUGUGCAAGAAACCCGUGUUUGAAUGGAGGCCACUGCAUAGAGCUGAAGCACGGCUGGGUCUGUGGCUGUCCUGGAAGGUUUUCUGGACCACUAUGUGAUAUAGAUCACUCUCACACCUGCUACAGUGGGAACGGGCACCUGUACCGAGGUAUGGCUCAAAGCACUUUCUUAGAGGAGCCCUGCCUGCCUUGGGACUCCCCCAUUCUGUUUCAUGAGUUCUCCAGCAACACUUUGGAAAAUGCUGUCAUUCUGGGUCUGGGGGCGCACGCAUUCUGCAGAAACCCUGAUAAUGACAACCAGCCGUGGUGUUACGUGUUGCGAGAGAAGCAGCUCAGCUGGGGAUUCUGCAGUAUCCCCCAUUGUCAUCCCCACACUAACGAUAGCGAGACUACAAUGAAUGUGGGAAAACAUGUGGAACCAGUGACAGAGUCCCCAGACAGGCCCAAUGGUACCCAGCCCAGUGCUGGCUCAACUCCAGUGUGUGGACAACGCUAUACAAAGACCGCCUCCCGAAGUCGUGUGGUGGGGGGCAUGGUGGCACAUUCUGAUGCCCACCCUUACAUGGCUGCCCUGUACCUGGGGGAGCAAUUCUGCGGGGGGAGCCUCAUUGCCUCGUGCUGGGUCUUGACUGCUGCACAUUGUCUGGAGAGAAGGCCAGCCGUCUCCCAGAUUUCAGUGGUGCUGGGCCAGACCCUCUACAACACCACCACCAAAGGCUCCGUCAGAUUUCAAGUACAGGACUAUCAACUGCAUGAGAAGUACUCUACAAUCAACAAGCACCAUGACAUUGCUCUGGUGCGAUUGAAGGAGACUGAACCAGGACACUGUGCUGAGUUUUCACAUUCCAUCUCACCUGUGUGCCUGCCCAGUUCCCUGGAGACAUAUGACGAAGGCAAUCGGUGCCAGGUGGCUGGUUGGGGACAUCUGUAUGAAGGAGCUGACAAGCUUUCACUGUAUCUGCAGGAGGCAGAUGUGCCUAUCAUUCCUCACGAGCAGUGUCAGUCCCAUAAUGUACACGGAACUCGUGUUACGCCAAAAAUGAUGUGUGCUGGAUACAUGGAUGGACGAAGUGAUGCUUGCCAGGGAGAUUCUGGUGGGCCCCUCGUGUGUGAGGAGCACAAUAAGGCCAUCCUGCGUGGCGUCGUCAGCUGGGGCACAGGCUGUGCCCAGGAGAACAAGCCUGGGGUAUACACGAAUGUGGCUCACUACCUCGACUGGAUCCAAAGCAAGAUGCUCUAG